AUGAUGCAGAGGAGUCCGAUGCCGCCUUCGUACCCAGCUCACCAUAUAGUACAUGGCGAUGACUCGGAUGAUAGCGACCUCGAGAACGAAGCGGCUUCUUCUGCCGCAGACCACGAGGGCAGCGAAGCCGACCCGCACCAGCACACCCACGAAUCGGGAGACCCAAUGCGAAGAGCUUCGAUAGAUUUAGAGGACUCGAAAGAGGCUGUAGCCGUACCCGACCUUGCAGCGGAGGAUGCAGAGCAACAAGGCAUGCUGCCGAGGGACAAACAGCGACGGACAACACAUUACAACUACCAGCUCGAGAAGCAGAUGUCGCACGUCGAAGCAAAGCAGUUCUACCAGCAGCAACGGCAGAACGCUCUGGAGGAGCAAGGCACAGCCAGUCCAGCCGUGGGCACAAGUCCCAUCAUCAGAGCACGGACAUGGGGUUCACAAGUCAUCGGGGAUCCCAAUCUAAACUCCAGGACAGCGAGCAUUCGCAGCAAGCGAAGCUUUGGUGGUGCUGGUUACAAUUCGGCUCUUCCUGUAGGUCUGAGUGACCCGACGAAAGAUCCAAACAGUCCUACAAUCCAGUCGCCGAGCCUCGGCCGCUUUGAAGGCGUUAACGGCCUCUACACCGGCAACGGUGCUGGUGAAGACGACCCUUUGAUUGCAGCAGACAGAGCGGCACGAGCUCAUAACCUGCAUCCGGGUCUGCCUCAUGAGCCCAAGCCACUGUUGGAAUCAGAAGGUAUCCAUGGUGCUGGAGCUGGAGUCGGGACUGAUGCUGUCAACGAGUCAAGCGUGACCAUCGAACUGAACGCCAUCUACUCCAAUAUCCAGAAAAUCCUCGACCUCAGACACAAGUACAUUAGACUUUCAUUGCAGGGCCCACAUGACAAUCCCCGGGACGAUCCAGGAUGGGAGAUCUAUCCUCCACCGCCAGACCCUGUCUGGCACGAGAACAAGGAACGGCUCAACGCUUCGGGCGAUGACAGAGGCGACGAGACACCCGUAAACCCACCAAAGAAGCAGCGUAAGAUGGGACAGGACAUCGGUGAGGAUUUCGAUUUUGAGGAGUGUCUGCCUGUUCCUGAAGCCUCGGAAAUGACUUUCAAGCUCGACGCACAGGGAGUUUACCAGGUGUAUGAGACGGCGCAAUCCGCGGAACUGGGCGAGCCCAUCGUACACAUUCCAGACAUUCGAGAGUACUAUAUGGAUCUUGACAGCAUCCUCAGCAUAGGAUCUGAUGGACCCAGCAAGUCAUUUGCAUAUCGUCGCUUACAGUACCUGGAAGGAAAGUUCAAUCUUUACGUGCUGCUGAAUGAGUACCAAGAGAUUGCAGAUACAAAGGCUGUCCCUCACCGUGACUUCUACAACGUGCGCAAGGUUGACACACACGUACAUCACUCUGCUUGCAUGAACCAAAAACAUCUACUGCGCUUCAUCAAGAGCAAAAUGAAGAAGUCACCCGACGAGGUGGUGCUUUUUAGGGACGGCAAAUACCUCACACUCAAAGAGGUUUUCGAGAGCAUCAACCUCACAGCGUACGACCUCAGCAUCGAUACGUUGGACAUGCACGCGCAUACGGAUUCGUUCCAUCGCUUCGACAAGUUCAAUCUGAAGUACAAUCCUGUUGGUGAAAGCAGACUGAGAACCAUCUUCCUCAAGACCGACAAUCACAUCGCUGGCAGAUACCUCGCGGAGAUCACCAAAGAAGUGAUGUCCGACUUGGAGAGCAGCAAAUACCAGAUGGUCGAGUGGCGCAUCAGCAUAUACGGUCGGUCGCUUGACGAGUGGGACAAACUCGCCGCCUGGGUUGUUGACCACAAGCUGUACUCACCGAAUGUUCGGUGGCUGAUCCAAGUGCCAAGGCUUUACGACGUGUACAAGUCUAGCGGUCUGAUGUCAAAGUACGAAGAGGUCGUGAGGAACGUGUUUCAGCCUCUAUUCGAGGUCACGCAAGACCCCAGCAAGCACCCCAAACUUCACGUAUUCUUGCAGAGAGUGAUUGGAUUCGAUUCUGUCGACGACGAGAGCAAGAGUGAACGCCGCAUCUAUCGUAAGUUUCCACUGCCGAAAGACUGGGACACGAAGCAGAACCCGCCAUACACCUACUGGAUCUACUAUCUCUUCGCCAACAUCGCAUCACUGAAUGUCUGGCGGAAGCAGCGGGGCUUCAACACAUUCGUACUGCGUCCACACUGUGGCGAGGCGGGCGACACGGAUCAUCUGGCGGCUGCCGUCCUGUGCUGCCACAGCAUUAGCCACGGUCUGCUCCUGCGCAAGGUACCACUGCUACAGUACAUUUUCUAUCUGGAGCAGAUUGGCGUCGCAAUGAGUCCUCUGAGCAACAACGCCCUUUUCUUGGCUUACGAGCGCAAUCCGUUCCUACAAUACUUCAGACGAGGUCUGAAUGUGAGUCUAUCUACCGACGAUCCCUUGCAAUUCGCCUUCACAAAGGAGCCGCUCAUUGAGGAGUAUGCGGUUGCCGCGCAAAUCUACAAGCUGUCUGCAGUGGACAUGUGCGAGUUGGCGAAGGCGUCCUGUCUUCAAUCCGGCUUCGAGCACACGAUGAAACAGAGGUGGCUUGGUAACAACUAUUACCUCCCUGGUGUUGCUGGAAAUGACAUGGCCAAAGUGAAUGUACCCAACAUUCGAGAAGCAUUCCGGCACGAGACAUGGUUGCAAGAGCUCUCAAUGAUUGAUCGAUAUACGAACGCUCCAGCGAACAAGCGUCUAUCGACAAACGCUCUGGCUUCAGGCCGACAAACUUCCACCACCUCGCUCGUGCCGCCUGGGAGUCCGACAGCAAGUAUGAAGACCAAUCCUUCUGCCACAAACCCAAUGCACGGCGUGGACAGUUCCAUUUCCCGCCCAGGAACCGGCCAACAUCAGAAUCCCGUGCAAGUGGCGACUCCUUCCGGUUACCAGAAGGCUCAAGCUGCGCGACUUCCCGCGCAGAUGUCGCAACUUGAGCUCGCACAACACGACGGUGCCACGAGCAACCUCUCCCGCUCGCAAAACUUCCGCGAAGGGCCCCCCGUCGGUGGUCCCACAUCCGCCUCCCCGAGCACCUACAACGACCCCAAUGCCGUCUUUCCUCCUCUGCCGCAAGGCGCUUCCGAGGGGCAGCAAGCAGCGCCAGCGACGUCUCAAACGCUCACACCGACGAUUGACAGCAAGCUGAUCUACGCCGCGGAGCCCAGAAUAUUUCCUGGCGUCGUCAGCAGAAGGCGCAAAUCGUCGAUGGCGCGACCUUCCAGUCUGGCAAUGACCAGUAGCGCACACGAGGAGGCGGGCAGCGAAGCGAUGGAGAAGAGCACCGGUAGCCUCGUCGGAUCCACGAGCGGAGCUGCUGACGAGACUUCUUCCUCGAUGCGAGACUCUCUCCGGCUGGAAAAGAAGGAUACCAUUGAGGAGAGCGCCGCGGAGAGCGAGGAGGGUGUCGAGGAGAAUUAA